AUGGGCUCUCCUUUCGAUAUCAACGGCGGCGCCUGCGUAGCCAUGGUAGGCAAAGACUGCGUCGCAAUAGCCUGCGACCUACGCCUCGGCCUCCAAUCCCUCACCAUCUCAAACAAUUUUCCCAAGAUCUUCAACUUCGCUCCCUCACUAUUCCUCGGUCUGACCGGCCUAGCCACAGACGUACAAACAGUCAGUGACACCAUGCGAUACAAAGUAAACAUGUACAGGUUAAGAGAAGAGAGAAAUAUCAGUCCACAGACGCUGGCGAAUUUGGUCAGCUCUUCACUCUACGAACGACGAUUUGGUCCUUGGUUUGUGAGUCCGGUGUUGGCAGGGAUCAAUGAGACGACAGGGAAACCGUAUAUUUGCGGCUUUGACAGUAUUGGCUGCAUUGACUUUGCGAAGGAUUUCAUAGUGGCGGGAACUGCUUCGGAUCAGCUGUUUGGAACUUGUGAAGGGCUGUGGGAACCUGAUUUGGGUCCUGAUGAGCUGUUCGAGACGAUCUCACAGGCAUUACUCAAUGCUGUUGAUCGUGAUGCUUUGUCCGGAUGGGGUGCGCACGUCUAUAUUGUAGAAAAGGAUAAGGUGACCAAGAGGUUACUGAAGGGCAGGCAAGAUUAG